AUGCACAUCAGCCGAUUUAUCGUCGCCGCUAGCGUCAUAGCAUUUUCAAUGGCGCAAAACAAUCUUCAGCCGAGCCCUAGAGACGAUGAUCCCCAUUCGAUCACCGGGCCUGAAGGGACUGGCAAACCCCAAGUUUUGGUAGGACGCAACGCUCAAGCCCGUUGCGGUCCUGGAUUCGGCAGGUGUGCUGGAGACAACUGUUGCUCGACUGCCGGUUACUGUGGAAAGACCAAAUCUCACUGCAGCUCUCCUGAUUGCCAGAUCAAUUUCGGCCACUGUGAUGCUCAUGUGACUCCUGGCGGUCCACCGACAGAUACCAUCCCUCGACCCAAGCUUGGAAACGUUCCGUACGGACCCCACGCUGUCCGUUCUUGUCUUGCGCCGGGAACAGUGGCCUUGACCUUCGAUGAUGGUCCAAACAAGUAUACCAAGGAUCUUCUCGAUCUGCUUGACAACUACAACGCGAAGGUGACCUUCUUCAUCACAGGUAACAACAAUGCAAAGGGCCCCAUAGAUACUCCGGGAAUGCCAUGGGCUUCAUUGAUUGAACGCAUGCACCAAAGCGGACACCAGAUUGCUAGUCAUACCUGGUCCCAUCAGGAUCUCAGCAAAAUCUCUCCGGAGCAACGUCAGAUUCAGAUGUUGUGGAAUGAGGUUGCCCUCCGCAAUAUCUUGGGUGGCUUUCCCACGUAUAUGCGGCCCCCGUAUUCGAGCUGCACUAUGGAUUCCGGCUGUUUGAACGACAUGGGUACGCUAGGCUAUCAUGUCAUUCUCUACGACAUCGAUACUGAGGAUUAUAGCCAUGACAGCCCAAGUGCCAUUCAAGGUUCUAAGGACAUUUUCGAUAAGAGCCUUGCCCGGGGAAAGCCAUCCGAUAAGUCUUGGCUAAUUAUUGCUCACGAUGUUCACGAGCAGACCGUCCGCAAUCUUACAGAGCACAUGCUAAAGAAAUUAUCCAGCGAUGGCUACAAGAUCGUGACAGUCGGCGAAUGUUUGGGGGAUCCAGAAGAGAACUGGUAUCGUACAGAUGAUAGGUUCGAUAACAUUGUCCUCCGGAAAGCCUCUACCCCCACUUCUGUCAAGCAAACGAUUUCCCACGAUGGUCGUUGUGGUGCGAGUGUGACAUGCAAGGGAUCAACAUUUGGACCAUGUUGUGGCAAGAACAACAAGUGUGGAAAUUCCCCCAAGUAUUGCGGACUGGGAUGUCAGCCUAAUGCUGGUCGUUGUCAGAAAUCCAGACACCUGUCUACUCAUCGACAUGGAUCUGACGCCAAAUCAGAGGCGGGCGAUGUGGUGCAACCCGGCUUGUACGCGGCGGGCUCCGUACUCGUAUCUGCUUCUGGGUUGGGAGUAUUUUCAUCAACCAUCGAAUGCGUGGUCCCAACUGUAUCUGCUAUUGUCUCCUCUUGGGGAAUAUUGUUUUGGUCAAGCUUUAUAUCUGACGGAUUAGUUGCGUUUAUUGUCUCGAGUGGUUCUUCGACGACCGCAUCGGAGGUUUUCUUGCGCUUGCGGCCGCGUUUUUUGGGUGCGUGUGCUUGUGCUUCGGACUGA